UUUCUUCCCUCCACCUGAUCAAAACUGACAAGCAACAAACACAGCGGGACUCUGUGUGUUUACUGAAACCACUGGUCUUCUCCCAGUAACUAUGAUUCGACCAUCCCAGUCCAUGCUGGUCUUACUGCUGAUCGGGAUUCAGGCUGCUGUGUUGGUAAAAGCUCAUUCUGGAUUUAAUCUGGUGAGGCACAAACGAGAGUGGAUUAUUCCUCCAAAAACUCUGAAGGAAAAUGUUGACUAUAGUCAUCUGGAAUAUAUUGCCAAGAUCCGAUCUGACUAUUCAGCUGCAGAAGGUGUGACUUACUCCUUAGAGGGAGUUGGAGCAAAUAAGUUUCCUUUCCAUGUGUUCGUGGUUGACCCUAAUAAUGGAAAUGUUCGAUUGACCAAAAAGCUAGACAGGGAGAGUAUUGACACCUACUAUCUUCAAGGUAUUGCUACAUUCAAAAAUGGAAGCGAAGCAGAGAAAAGAAUUGACCUGAAGCUUAAGGUGCAAGAUGAGAAUGACAACGCUCCAAAGUUUGACUUCUCUGUGGUGAGAGCUUGGGUGGAUGAGCACAGUCCUAAAGGGACGUCGGUUACAACAAUCUUCGCCACCGAUGCGGAUGAACCAGAGACGCUCAAUUCUAAGAUCGCCUACUCCAUCAUCAACCAGAUACCCCACAACUAUUUCAGCAUAACCAAGGAAGGCACCAUCAUUGUUAAUAAUUCUGCAUUGGACAGAGAAGAAGAAGACACGUACAUUCUUACAGUGACUGCUGCGGAUCUGGAUGGUGCAGAAGGGGGACACACUGCAACAGGCACUGUCACUAUCUACCUCGAUGAUGUAAAUGACCAUCCCCCAACUUUGGAAAAAACAGAAUUCGAGUUAAAUAUUAAGGAGAACAUCUUUGGUGUUGAGGUGAUGAGGUUCAAAACACAGGACAUGGACCUUAAGGGUACAGAAAACUGGGAAGCUGUUUUUGAAAUUGUCAAAGGAGACGAGGGUGGAUAUUUCAGCUUUAAAACUGAUCCCGAAACCAAUGAGGGCAUCUUAUGGCUUGAGAAGCCUUUGGACUAUGAAUCCAUUAAAAACUUGGACCUGGGACUAGAAGUACGCAACAAGGCUCCACUGUUUGAUGGAUCUGGCUCCAAUGCUGAAGCUGGUAUUAGCGCAGGGGCUGGUGGUGCUGCAGGAAAUGGUGCAAGCGGAGCCAGUGGAGCCAGCUGGGCCAGUGGUGCCAGUGGAGCCAGUGGUGCCAGUGGAGCCAGUGGAGCCAGUGGUGCUAGUGGUGCCAGUGGAGCCAGUGGUGCAAGCGGUGCCAGCGGAGCCAGUGGAGCCAGUGGUGCAAGUGGUGCCAGUGGUGCAAGUGGUGCCAGUGGUGCAAGUGGAGCCAGCGGAGCCAGUGGAGCCAGUGGGGCCAGUGGUGCCAGUGGUGAUGGCAGUACCACUGGAUCUGGAGGAUCCAGUGGAACAACAUUUAAAGGCUAUUCAAUCAAAAUCAAUGUGAUGGACGAGCCAGAAGGACCUCAUUUUGAUUCAGCUGCUAAAGCUAUUCCACUCACACGGGCCCACUACUUGGACGGUUCUAAUAUCAUUGGCCAUUAUCCUGCAAUAGAUGAAGUCACAGGAGAGCCAGUGAAAAAUGUCACAUAUCUAAAAGGCUCUGACCCUCGCGGAUGGUUUAGUAUUGACCCCAAAACAGCUGAGAUCAAACUGAUCAAGAAUCCUUACAGGGAGUAUUCUUCACUGGUCAAUGGGACAUAUUUUGCUGAAAUACUCUCCAUCACAGAAGAUAUGCCCGCUAAAACAUCUACUGGUACCAUAGCCAUCCAGGUGGACAGCGGCGACUGCCCCACCCUGCCAAGGAAAUCCCUGUCUAUGUGCACAUCAAAGAACUUUGUCAUUGUUAAUGCUGAUGUUGAAAAUGCAUUAUAUAGUAGCCCACCUUUUGAUUUUACCAUCGACCCAAGUGAGACAAAAGGAAGUUGGCAAGUGGAAUGGUACAAUGAUACUGCAGCUAUUGUGAAGCCGAAGCAGAACCUUCCGCCUGGUGUCUACGAGGUGACGCUGAUGGUGAAAGACCAGCAUGGACAGACUUGCCUAGAUCCACAGAAAAUCUACAUCAUUAUCUGUCAGACUAGGAAAGUCGAUGCAAAUCCGGUUAGCAAAUUAGGAAAUGCAGGAUUAGGCGUUCUUCUUCUGGGAUUGAUGCUUCUGAUAUGUGAGUAUGACUGGGUUCUUAUUUUUUUGCAGGAUAAUGUAAAUACACAGCUUAAAGCUCCCAUUUUCUUGUUAAGUAGUUUGGGUCCCUGGAAAUCCAGGUUUUAUUACUAGGAAUUAGUCAUGAUUUUUUAUGUUUUCCACAUGAGUUUAGCAGAAUGCCUCCC